AUGCUAAAACUAGAUGGUAUUCAAUAUCCUUAUUUGGUCUUCGCAUCACAUUGUGAACAUUGCCUCUGUUCUCGUUCUGAUCUCACUCUAUUUCUUACUUCUGACUCUACACACCCACUACUUACAAGCAAUUAUUCUUUUCGUCUAUUCGUCCUACUGCACAUUUUACUGGCCAUUUUCAUUAGCUACACCUUUUCCCUUUUUGCCGACAUCUCAUUUUCCCUCUCGCCCAUCUCCCGCCCUGUCUCUUCUCUCCACCGUCUGCACCCCGAAGACGUUCCCUUCGACUCACUCGAGUCGUCGUCGCCGCUUCUGCCAUCUCCGCGGCAGUCACAAUCGCCCUCCUCGCGGUGCGGACCAGUCCAAGGCUCAUCUGCCGCCUGGACGCCGGCCGGCUGGCGGUCCCGUCUUUUGGAAGUGGCCGGCGAGCUGGUCUACUGCCGCGAUCUGGCCGCUCAACUCGUCCAUUUGCGCAGUCUCCGCAAAGCCGCCUUCCAGAAUCAACUGGCCGGUCGACUUAGAGACGCCGCUCCUCUCACCGCCACCGCGCUCGACGCCGGAUCCGGAUCCGGCGCCGGACGCGACUCCGUCGAAUGCGUCGUCGAGCCGGCCACGACGCCGGCGGCUCCAAUCACACCCGCCCAGUCCUUGGCACACCAGCCACUCUUCACAGCUUGUGCCUAUUCAGAGCUGGCCCGUCUUCUGGCCACCUAUUCCUUUUCACGAGAGAUUCGCAGCCUUUUGCAGAUGGCCUUUCUCGGGCUCGAACUUGCCGAGGUCAGAACUAUCUUUUGUUUGUCUCACCUUUACACUUUUACAAUGCCUAGCGCUUAG